AUUACAAACUGAAAUAAAUUGAAACUUUUGAAUAAACUCAAGAAAACUUUAGUACUCUGUUUUUUCUUCUCACUCUGUUUCUUGUUGUUGGAAUUUGAUACAAUGGCGUCUCAGAGACAUUUAAAAGAUCUUCUUGAAGAAGAUCAAGAACCGUUUCAGCUUCAAAGUUACAUCUCAGACCGACGUUGCCAAAUCAAUGCUCACGUAACGCAUUUACAGGUCAAGAAACGAAGACCUAUCUCUCAAAACGCCGGACUUCCCUCGCGUUUCUGCCGUAACGCUUGUUUCUUCUCUCUUCGUGAAUCUCCCGACCCGAAGAAGUCUCCACUGUUCGAACUCAAGUCACCAAAUCGGAGCCAAAACGCGAUUUUCGUCAAUAUACCGGCGAGAACCGCUUCAAUACUUCUAGAAGCUGCGGUUAGGAUACAGAAACAGAGUUCAGAAGUGUCUAAAACAAGAACACGAAACGCCGGAAACGCGUUUGGUAUAUUCGGGUCAGUUUUAAAGAAGCUAACGAACCGGAAGAAACGCGAAAUCAGCGGCGGUAAAGACGCUGGUCGCGUUUCAUCUUCUUCGGUGAAAGAUAUGUUGAGAUGGGAAUCUCCGGUCGUACGUAAAAUAGUCACAAGAAAAUCUAAACGCAAAGCAGAAGAAGAAAACGCUUCAUCCCAAACGCAUAAAAUCGCGUCUGAAACGCAGUUCUCACGGAGGUCGAGUAGUAGUGGCGUUUGGUCAGAGAGUAUUACCAACGGAGAGAGAUCUUGGGACGUUGAUUUCGAAACGUCCAUUAGCACGAGCAGCCGAUCUAACGGUUCAGAUGAGUUUGCGAUGAUGAUGAACGGUCAAGAUUUAUCGGAAGACAAACGUUUUUGUGAAAGCCCGUUUCAUUUUGUUCUCCAAACAACAAUGCCUUCUAACGGCGGUUUCAGAACGCCGAAUUUCUCAUCACCUGCGGCUUCUCCAAGCCACGAUUGUCAAGAGAUGAAGAAGGACAGUUAUGAGGUAGAGAAGCUAAAGAAACUAGAAAUGGAGGAAGAGGAAGAGGAAGAAGAAAAGGAACAGAGCAGCCCAGUAUCAGUUUUGGACCCUCCAUUUCAGGACGAUGACGAAGACAUUCACAUGGAUGACAAUAACAUCCCUUCCAGCUUCAGAUCUGUACAAAAAGCGAAGCAUCUGCUACUACAGAAGCUUUGUAGAUUUGAGCAACUUGCGGGUUUGGAUCCCAUGGAACUCGAGAAAAGAAUGUCGGACGAAGAGACCGAGGAAGAGGAUGAAGAAGAAGAAGAAGAGGAGGAGAUGAAAAGUCUUUAUCAUUGUGAGAUUAUAACUCAGAGAGUCCUUAAAACCUACUUUGAAGAGAUGAUAGAAGUUCCUGAAGGCGUAGAAGCAUUGAUCUCAGACCUUGCAGCAGAGGAAUUGCAAAGCGACAUCGACGGUGAAGAUGAAGCCGCAAUUGUAGCCAAAAGGGUAUGCGAGAGGUUGACAUCUUGGAGAGAUGUGGAAUCAAACACAAUCGAUAUGAUGGUCGAACAUGAUUUCAGAACAGAGAGUUUGGGAUUAUGGAGAUCAAAGAACGACGCAGAAGUCGCAGAGACGGUUUUGGAUAUCGAGUUUGAGAUUUUUGAGGAUUUGGUUGAAGAAUUAUCAGAAGACAUUGGCGGGGAUUGGUGAUCGACAUCAUAUGACUCUAUAUUCGGGAAGCUUCCGUCGCAAGUAAUGACAAACUAACCUGCGUUGUUUAGAUGGAUGGUGGGUGUAUGUAAAAGUUUUGGUUGAUGAGAGAGAGUAUUAAGAUUUGUGUAAUUCCUUAUGAGAACUGAGAAAUUCAUAUGAUCAGUGAAGUUCUCUAAACUCUCGGAUCAGGUUCUCGAGUUGGGUCGAUGUUCUCUGAUUCAGU